GCUCUGCUCUCGGAAGACACGUGGUAACGGACCGGUCACAAGAAGAGUAGAGCUCGCCAUGUCUCUGGAGUCGCUGCGGUACAGCAGAGGUUCUCUGCAGGUCCUUAAUCAGCUGCUGCUGCCGCACACCAGCCAGUAUGACCCGGUGACCGGGGUGCGGGAAGGCGCCGAAGCCAUACGGACCAUGAAGGUCCGUGGAGCUCCCGCCAUUGCCAUUGUGGGCUCCCUCAGCCUGGCCGUUGAGCUUUCCAACAAUCCCCCACAGAAAGUGUCCGAUCUUCUGGCCUUUGUUCGGGAGUCCAUGGCGCUCUUGGUCGGGGCCCGGCCCACUGCCGUCAACAUGAAAAAAGCGUCCGAUGAGCUGAAUUCUUUCCUGGCUGGGGAGGCGCAGAAGCCAGCGGUGACGGCCCAGGAGCUGACCCAGAGUGUCAUCCAAUGGGCAGAGUCUCUGCUAGAGAAAGAUGUCAAGGACAAUCAUGUGAUCGGAGACCUGGGCGCUCAGUACAUCCUGGAGGCCACCCAAGCUUCCGGCGGGGUCUGUAUAAUGACCCACUGCAACACGGGGUCCCUGGCUACUGCUGGCUAUGGCACAGCGCUGGGUGUGAUCCGCUCUCUCCACUCCCUCGGCCGUCUGUCCAAUGUCUUCUGCACAGAGACCCGUCCGUAUAAUCAGGGCUCCCGCCUCACGGCCUACGAGUUGGUGUAUGAAGAGAUGCCGGCCACUCUCAUCACAGACAGCAUGGCAGCGGUUACCAUCCGAGAGCGUCACGUCAACGCUAUCGUGGUGGGAGCCGACCGGGUGGUGGCCAAUGGGGACACAGCUAAUAAAGUUGGAACAUACCAGUUGGCCGUCAUUGCAAAGUACCAUGGAAUACCCUUCUAUGUGGCCGCACCGAGCACAUCAUGUGACCUCAGUCUGCCUACAGGAGCCAGCAUCGUCAUCGAGGAGAGGCCAAGCCAUGAGCUGACGGAUAUCAAUGGCGUCCGCGUGGCAGCUCCAGGUAUUGGAGUUUGGAACCCAGCGUUUGAUGUGACUCCUCAUGAGUUGAUCACUGGGAUAAUCACAGAGAAAGGAGUCUUCAAACCAGAAGAGCUUAAAGCUGGCCUGAGCCAAGGUCUUUAA